AUGCAAUCUUUUGAGAAUACGCCCAUGUCCCCCACGAAGCGCCUUGGGGUAUCCUUAAACGUUGAUACUGGCUAUAAAGGGAAACGAAUCGAUAAUUCUCCGCCCGAGACACCUGCCGCCCGCGAUCCUCGAUCCGCAUCGAACAGAGCCAAUAUGCCUCCCCCGAGCCGGGCGCUUAAGCAGCGGGAGACUUUUUUGGACGACAUUACACCCGUGGAUCCUGCGUCCAACAAGGAGAAUGAUCCCGAAAACGGUCCAGGACAUCAUCGAGAUUCGCACGAUCUUUCUCUCUCUCCGCGGCAAGUCACUCGCGAUUCGCUGGUUGACCACAUGCUGCUCUCUCUCGACCAAUUCUCGUUUAGCCAUGAUGAAGAAGCAUUUGGGAGGCAGCCUGCGCUGGACCAGGAGAAUAUGUACUCGUCGUUUGGCGAUGAGGAAUCAUACCAGCCCACGUCCAAUUUUGCGCCGAGGGGAGGUCGGCCAGGGCACAGUUAUUCCUACAGCUCCGACUACGACAAUGCCGAUGAUUCGAGUCGAUACUCGGGCCAAUUGUCCCGCGGCCGAAGGAGCAACAGCAGCUCGAAUUUCCAACCCGGUUUGGGAAGGAUAAGUAGCAUACGCAAUGAAGGUGGAAGUCGCAGCUUCUCGAGCUCAACUCGUGGGCAUGUACCAAUUCCUCCAAGGGGCAUACAUUCGCGGAGCGGGAAGGGCAGCAAAGGAAGCAGCGCGAACAGUUUUGAUCUUGGAUAUGCACAGGUUACGAGCAGUCAACGGUGGGCUCACGGGCUGGCGGGAAGGUCCUCAAGUUUUGACUAUGGGAGGGAGCGUCAAACCAUGACAGCACAAUCGGAUGGAUUGCCUCGACAGAAUGCGCCGGUAUUCACACCGUACGACUACGAUGCCGCCCCUACACCUACGGUUCCAGGUGGCCCUCGAAGACCACGGCCGGUUUCUCCAAUCCUUCUUCCUCAAAAAGAGGCCGUAAUAAUGGACCCAGCGCCGCCAAAGCUGGAGCAUAAGCGAAGUACCAAGUCAUCCAAGAGCGCGUUUAGAGGGAAAACAGCGGGGAGUAUGGCAAGUAGAGUCGAUUAUGGUCUGAACGACAAUAGUCGGGAACUUCCCCCUCUACCUGCAUUCAUCAGGGAACCUGCGCCAUCACCCACAGUCGCAUACGAGAAGUUGAAGGAUACAUCACAGCCCUCGUCAACAAUACCUCAACCAGCAAAGGAUCGACCUGGCUUUUUCAGAAGAGUCUUUGGUUCUUCGAGGAGCAAUCCUCCUCCUAGCGCUCCAGAACCUCCUCGCUCUCACGGUUCUACUACCUCGACUGAUACGGCAAAUCGGCCAGGCAGCAAGACCCAUCAUAUCGCCACUCAGAUGAAGUCUCAGCACGUUCCGCCGCCUCGAGAACCGCCUCCUCCUCCAAAAGAUCAUGGGCAUGUCCUAAACAAAAAGCCCUCGUCCUUCUUUCGGAGACGGAAGAAAUCCGUAUCAGAACCCCCGGUCCCGGGUCCUCUUCAACCCACCCCACCUAUCCUGCUCCAAUCCGAGCUACCUCUACCAAGCCCUGUCAGUAGCCUUCGAAAGGUUAUGAACCCCUAUCUACGGACACCAGCAAGGAUCCCAUCUGAGCCUUAUGUUCAAGAGAGCAGCAUAGAUCGCCAAAUGAACAGUAGCCCUGAACCCAUUGACCGUAGUACGAGAGGGUUUUCCCCGGAUUAUGAGCCCGAUAAGAGUGCCACGAUAAGGACUGUCAGACCAGAAUCGAAAGAUGCAACUGAUGGAAUCCCAUCGUCUUCGGGGUCAGCGCACAGACCGUUCUUAUCCAGCCUAAGUGCUGGCCCUACUGGCGGGGACGGGACAUUCCUCCAAGACGCUAGUGAUAAUGACCCGGAUGCCCAUAGCAACAAUUCGAAGUCUGCACUUGUUGGAAGGGAAGGUCUAGAGUCGGGCUGGCAUGUGAAGCAUACAUCUCCUGUAACACCUAUCCCGGUUACAUCUGCCGUGGCACGAGAUAUGGCGCUUGUGGCAGAAUAUGAAAGAAUACACUCGAAAAGGUCUCCAACGGGUACCAAAUUUGAUUUGGCCAAAUCCUCGACACUGGAAUCAUCCCAGAGCCAAACAGAUGCCAAAUCUAGCCAGAAAGGGUCUACUACUGGCAAAGACGAGGAAUGGGUAAUGUUAACACCAACGAAAUCCCCUCAGCAGCUCGAGAAGGGAGAUCGUGAGUGGUCAGAGCCCGACGAUGAAGGGCCCCGUGACUCCAAUCACAAGUUACCUAAGGGUGAACAGCCCUCUAGGACGAAUUCUGGCUCAACGGAUACAAUCUACAAAUCUGCGACUAGUCUACCUAUCGUGCAGAUUGAGGGUGAAGUGCAAGUCGACGCAUCUGGUCCGCAAUUACUGACCGAGGCUGAAGCUGUCAUGCCACUGGACGAACCAACUCCUAUUGAUCCAAAAGCCCCUACGGAGGACGACCGCGAAAGGGCUAAAAAGAUAUACGAUGGCAACGAGGAUUUCAUACAAAAAGAGAAAGCGGCAGCAUGGAUGGGAGAAGAAGGAGCUUUGCGUUCAAGAGUGUUAACCGCGUAUCUGGAACUCUAUGAGUUCUCGAACUUGAAUAUUCUCGCUGCUCUCCGGAUCAUGUGUGGCAGGUUGGUCCUCAAAGCUGAGAGUCAGCAGGUUGAUCGCAUACUUGACACAUUUGCGAAGCGAUGGUGCCAAUGCAACCCUAAUCAUGGAUUCAAAGUUACCGAUGUGGUGCAUACAAUAUGCUAUUCAAUUCUUCUGCUAAAUACAGACUUGCAUCUAGCGGAUAUUGACCAGAAGAUGACUCGGAGCCAGUUCGUUAAGAACACAAUGCCUACUAUCCGUAAAAGUGUCGCCGAAUCAGCCCCCGAUGCCUUUGAGGCAAGACCCACGGUACUACCGGGGAAGAACAGUACCUUCGGCCCAGAUUCUUCAAAACAGCCAGGAGAUAGCGAUUUGAAACCAGAGCGUGGCUCUAUCGAAGUUGAACGGCCAUCAUGGAGAUCUUCGUUCAAACCUCCCGUCCGAGCCGGCUCGGAAGGCAAUGGAGUGUCGCCCACGCCGCUAGACUACGAUACACCAGUGGAUGACUGCGGUCCUCUCGUAAAAGCACCAUUCCACGGCACCUUGCGUACUUGGGAGGUUCAGGUUGAAAUCGUGCUGAAGGACUUCUACAAUUCUAUCCGCAAUGAUCGGCUUCCAUUGUUUGGUGCGCCUAUUGAGCGACCACAACUUCACGCUCCAUCAACAAACAGCUUGACCGUGUUUGCUAGCGGGGUUCUACGGCGUACACCUAGUGUACUCAGCAAGGCGCCUUCGGAGUCCCUGAGCUAUGCGCGGGGCAGAACUGCGGAGACCGUCCGUGUUGGAAACGGCAAAUGGGCUAAUAAGAAUCGCUCAAGGCCUCGUCUGUACCCAGGCAGUGGUGUGGGAUCUAGUCGUACCUCCCUAGAUGAUCAGUCUUCAAUGUGGAGCCCAUCCGUAUCCUCGAGUACCUGGAGCAAAUAUUCGCUGGGAAAGACACAAACCUCGAUGUCGGUCGACUCCUUUGGAUCAAAUUGGCCUCAGGGUGACUAUCAACAGUCUAUCGGUUUCGCGAACGCCCUCAGCCAGGCCAUCAUACGUGAAGAAACCAUUGGUAGCGCAGGAAGCAACGGGAGCGACCAGGAGCCUCGUGUUGCUCCUCUGUUAGAGGAUGAGUCCCUGGAGCUUCACGGAGCCCCGUGGGCCAAGGAAGGCAUCCUCAAGCACAAGCAUCAUCUUGAAUCGCUCGACAAGAAAGCAAAGGACCGCAACUGGAAUGAGGUAUUUGCCGUUGUUGAGAAAGGUUAUCUAAGCCUAUUCUCCUUCUCAUCGAAGAGUAUGCGCAACAAAUCAAAAGGCAAGGCUGCUGGAGCUGUUGUUGGAGGAGGGAAUUGGCAGGAGAAUGCUCAAAGCCUUGGUUCCUUCCUCCUCCGACAAACUAUUGCUAGCUCUCUUCCACCGCCUGGUUAUUCUAAGGCCCGUCCUCACGUAUGGGCUUUAUCCUUACCAACCGGGGCUGUUCAUCUUUUUCAAGUGGGCACGCCAGAUAUUGUCAAGGAGUUCGUCUCGACAGCCAAUUACUGGAGUGCACGGCUAUCAAACCAUCCAUUAGUCGGUGGUAUCAGCAACAUCGAGUAUGGCUGGUCCGAUGCUAUCGUGAAUAAUGCUUUAGUGGCCGCGAUCAAUGACUCAACUACUAGUCGGCCAUCGACAAGUGGUGCCAGACCAAGUCUCCAGAGCUCAUUGAGAUCGAGUAUCGAUCAAAGCCCCCUGGGCGGAGGCGUGAGAUCCAGAUUACCCGGAGAUCGAAUCACAAUCUCAGACUGGACUCCACCAACGCAAAGUAUGCGUGCCAGUAACUUAAUGGAGGCAGAUCAACUACAAACCCUACAAACAUACGUAGCUGGCAUUGAGGAAGAGUUGCAAAAACAUAACCAACUGCGUAACCCGAUGCUCCUCGCUUUCACUCCCCGCCAUCCAAAUUCCCAAAAGGCCAUGGCAAACUGGGAGAAGAAAUCAUCUUACCUCCUUCGCGAGAUCGUCAAGUUCAGGACUUAUAUCGACUGCUUACUAGCAGCUGAAGCUGCCAAGCAGAGAAUUUACGCGGAACGGGCGGCCGAGAAGGCUCUUACUGAGGAUGCUGCUGGAUCUGAUGACGAUGAUGAUGAGGGAGAUACUACCCUACGCCCUGAAUGA